GUCAAUCAUGAAGUUGACAGUCGAGCAACAAAAUCAAAAAUACAAAAAUUAAUUCAGUUUGAUGAAAACUUUCGCUGUGAACGGAGCGGCCGUAGAUUUCAUGAAAUAUCUGCGUUAAAAAGUUUCGCGUAUCUAUGAGACCAUGCUGAGAAUAUCGUUCUGUCUCGCUCUGGCAUCAGCGUCGUUAUGCCUAGCUGGAGUGGUUGUGCCAACCGCGCCCCAAUGUGGAUACGAGAGCUGUCACCCCAUCAAAAAGGGUUUCCUGAACGUGCACCUGGUGCCUCACACGCACGACGACGUAGGCUGGCUGAAGACAGUGGACCAAUAUUACUACGGCAGUCACAAUGAUAUACAAAAAGCUGGUGUCCAAUACAUAUUGGAUUCUGUCGUCAAGGAGUUGUGGGAGAAACCAGACAGAAGAUUCAUCUACGUGGAGACAGCGUUCUUUUGGAAGUGGUGGACCCAUCAGAGUGAUGACGUAAGACACAAAGUACACGUGCUUGUCAGAGAGGGAAGACUUCAGUUCGUGGGCGGCGCCUGGAGCAUGAAUGACGAGGCUGCGGUCCACUAUCAAACUACUAUUGAUCAGUUUACGUGGGGACUCAAAAAACUGAACGAGACAUUUGGCGCAUGCGGAAUACCUCGCGUCGGGUGGCAAAUUGACCCUUUCGGCCACUCUCGGGAGUUCGCCUCUCUCCUUGCGCAGAUGGGUUACGACGGCCUGUUCCUGGGCAGAAUAGACUUCCAGGACAAGAGUAGGAGAUUGAAAACGUCGAGCAUGGAGAUGCUGUGGAGGGGUGACGAUGUCCUUGGUAAAUCCUCGGAUCUGUUCACGGGUGUUCUCUAUAACACGUACUCCCCGCCACCGGGGUUUUGUUUCGACGUGUUGUGCAACGACGAGCCGAUUAUAGACGAUGUUAACUCGCCCAUAUACAACGUGGACAGGCGGGUGACAGAUUUUCUGGGGUACGCCAGGUUGAGCGCGGCUUACUAUAGGACUAACAACAUUUUGGUGACGAUGGGUGGCGACUUCACAUAUCAACAUGCCGGCAUGUGGUUUACAAACAUGGACAAGCUGAUACAACACGCGAACCUGAAAGCCGCCAAGGAGGGGCUAAACAUCACACUAUUGUACUCUACACCUGACUGUUACCUCAAAGCCGUGAAGGAUGCCAAUCCGACGUUGCCGACGAAACAGGACGAUUUCUUCCCGUACGCGAGCGACAGACACGCGUUCUGGACCGGCUACUUCACGUCCAGACCCACCACCAAAUACUUCGAAAGGGAGGGGAACAAUUAUUUGCAGAUGGCAAAACAGCUGCAAGUUUUGGCGAAUCUCGACGAGCACAAUAUGUUUAUGCUAAAUGAUCUUAAAAGCGCUAUGGGGGUGAUGCAGCACCACGACGCGGUGACCGGCACGGAGAAACAGAGGGUCGCGCACGAUUACGAACGAAUAUUGGACUUGGCCAUACAGGGCGCGAUGAUUAUACCGUGGGAGGCGAUCAACAAACUAACUCAGGGCGAAGACACGUCCACGCCGCUGCUCAACAUGGAGCGGUGUCGUCUCAAUGAGUCUAGCUGUUACUCGGCCGAGCGCUACGACAGCCUGGUGGUGACGUUGUACAAUCCCCUGGGAUGGGAAGUGAGCGAACCAAUCAGGAUACCGGUGGUGGCUGAAGCCGGGGACACCUAUCAAGUUUACGAUCCUCUGGGCAAAAUCAUCGAGAGUCAAAUGCUAACAAUACGUGACGCAGUCAAAAAUAUACCGACAAGGAUAGGUAAGGCGAACUACGAAGUCCUAAUCAAACCCACACUCCCACCAGUGGGUUACACGUCUUACUAUCUCAAGAAAACCGCGUCAAGGACAAAACGCGACACCAAAAAGAAACACAACAGAGACGAAUCCAUUAUAUAUAAUACCUAUUGGGACACAAUCAAACACGAGAAUUCGGUCGUGUUCAUUCCCGAUGCAAAAAGUUCAAAAUUCGAUAUAGAAUACGACGUUUUAAACGACAAAGCCGGCUCAGCUAACGCCGAAGAAUUUAAGAGGGUAGUUGAAGAGGACAGGGGAGUGGAGAGUGAGAGGCAGAGGGAGAGGGCAGUGUUCCCGAAACUCAAUGAGGAGGAGAUGAGGAUGUUAUCAGAUGAGCCUCAAGUCGUCGAAAUGAUUUCCGAUAGCGUCACUGAACUUGAUCCGGUUGAAGUGUCUGUCGGCGAUUCAGGAAUCUCCUACAGGGACAGUGAGAUGACCAUUAACAUAGGUUUUUACUACUAUCCCGGCUGUGUCGGCAACAAUAUGGGAGAACUGAACAGGUCCUCGGGAGCUUACAUCUUCAGACCCAACGCCACGGAGCCCAAGAAGGUUGACGUCAAACUAGAUGAAUACGUGAGCGGGGAUAUAGUUAAAGAAACUCGUGUCAGCGGUGACAAUUUCGCGAGCACACUCCGAGCGUACGAUGGUUACUUCGAAAUUGACACAGUCGUAGGCCCAAUAGAUAUAGCCGACGGCGUAGGGAAAGAAUAUAUAGCUAGAUAUUCAACAAACAUUGUUAAUAACGGGGCGUUUUACACCGAUUCGAACGCAAGACAACUGUUGAAACGCCAAUUGGAUAAACGACCAGAAUGGAACUUGAUUUUAGAGGAACACGUCGCCGGCAAUUAUUAUCCUGUGUCCAAUUUUAUUUCUAUACAAGAUGGCGGGCAGAGAUUCGCAGUUGUAACAGAUAGGUCCGAAGGUGGUACGUCUUUGGUCGAAGGUCAAAUAGAAUUGAUGUUACAUAGGCGGUUGUUGCACGAUGACGCGUUUGGCGUUGGCGAGGCUUUAAACGAAACGGCUGACGGUAAAGGUUUAGUCACAAGGAUAACACACAGAGGUAUCAUAAAUCGGAGCGAUUUGAAUCUUAGGAAAGUCGCGUUGCAGGUUAGUUUGCAUCCAACGGUGUUCGUGUCACACGCUGAGAAGAUAUCAUUGGACGAUUGGUUGAAAUUGAAAAAUCAACAUAGCUUUUUAAGGAAACCUUUGCCAGAUGGCGUCCAUUUGUUAACGUUGGAGCCGUGGCGUCACGGUUCGUUGUUGAUUCGAUUUGAAAACAUUAAUGAAGCUCCAACUAGCUUAUACGUAGAUAUGAGUGAUUUGUUCAAGAAUAUAAAAGUUAAAUCGUAUAGAGAAACAACUCUAGCGGCCAAUAUGUAUUUGGGUGAUCGUAUGAAAUGGCGUUGGAAUACAGAAAAAGAUUUCGCUAGAAGUUUCAACGAAAUGUAUGGCAGUUUCAAUCAAGUACCCGCAACUGACGAUUUUGAUCUGUACAACGAUGACAACGGAGCAAAAAUCAAUUUGAAAUCCAAACAAAUUAGGACAUUCAUUGUACAAUACGAUUAUAUAUAAAUGUGGGUUAUCAUAAUUUCACGUGUAGCUUUAGUAUAUUUUCGGAUGAAAUAUAUAUUUUACACUUUAAAAACGCAUUAUUUUAAAGUUUCGAAAUCAAUUUAUAUUUUGCUAAGAAAUUAAUUUUCAAAAUAUGUGAUGUAAUAUUUUUUUUUUUUUAUUUCGUGGCUCCAUCGUUCGCCAUAACGAUGAUUUUGCCAACGUCAAGGUUGAGAUUGACACGGAAUAUAACAUGUUAUAAUGAUAUAUGCAAAACGGUUCAGUGUGUAACCUAAAAUAUAAAAUUAUAUAAAUAUAUUAUACAUACAUACGGAUAACGUAAAUAAAAAUUGUAAGUAGAUAUUGUACCAUAUGAAUAUAUUCUGUCAAGAACUGAGAGAAAAAAUGAAGGCGCUGUGUCCUAUCGACUGGCAACACUAAAUGUUUAUCAACCAAUCCUGAUCAUUAUUACUCCUGAUUAUUAUUUGGUAUUGCAAUGGCGAAAAAAUUUAGUUUCGUCAAAAAUCCGGUUUUUUUUUUUCACUUUCUUGACAGACUGUAAACAAAAUUUGUAUAGAAAAUUAAACAGUCAAUGUGCAGAUUUGUGUAUAAAUUGUUGUACAGAAAAUUUACAAAUCACAGAUGCAAAUAUAAACAUGUACUUAGAAUUGCUUUUAGCAUUAAGUCGCCUUUUUUUUAUUGUACAAAGGUAAAUACAGUUUGAAUCCCACUAAUAUCAUAAAGGCGAAAGUUUGUAUGUUACUUCAUCACGCUUAAACUGCUGGACCAUUUUUUAAAAUCUUGGUAUUGUAUUGAGGUAGCUAAUACCUUGGAUUAAUACACAAGUAUUUUUAACCGAAAUUGGGAUUAUUUUAACUACGCGAUUCCCGUAGGAUUUGUUUAAAUAGUCUUAUAAUCAAUGGCGCUUUAUAAAGUAGAUGGCGCUGUGUUUUUCAAAAGAUUUCGACCGCUGCGGCCGCGUGUUAUUAUUACCAUCCAUAGAUUUUCUUGAAUCAUUACCAAAAUUGGCAUUAUUACAGCACAGAUUAAUUAUUUCAAAGGUAGAUAGUAAAAUUGUAAUGUUGUAAUUGACAGCGCGGCCGCUGCGGUCGAAACUCGCCGAGAAACACCAAGUAUUCUCUUCUGAUUACAACGAAUGAUAGACCGCGGGUAACGCCGCGCGGUGCAUCUAGUAAAUUAAUAAAUUUAUGUGAUUUUAAUUUUAUUGAUAGAUUACAUGUAAGUACAUGUUUAAAUUUGAAGAAAUGUAAAGAGCGCGGAUGCCGCUGUCAAAGUGCUCCGAGACGCAGACACGGAGAUCUGAACUAAAAAAUAUUAUUUUUUAGGUUAGAAUUAUUGCAUAUUUUGAUGAUUAUAAUAAAUAUUAUUUCCGAAUUA